AUGAGUCAAGGCUUAGAUCUCUCUCUUCUGGAAGAGCUAACGUCAAAUGCGAAGCAAAUACAAGAAGAUGUAUUGAACAAGAUACUCAAAGCUAACGCAAACACAGAGUACCUCACCCGUUUUCUUGAGGGGAGCUCUGACAAAGAGCUGUUCAAGAAGAACGUACCAGCGGUCAGCUAUGAAGAUGUCAAGCCUUAUAUCGAUCGUGUCGCAAACGGUGAACCCUCGGAAAUUAUUUCGGGUGAACCCAUUACUGCCUUAAUCCUAAGCUCUGGAACUUCAAGUGGGAAUCAAAAGAUAUAUCCUGCGAACAACAUCUACUUUGAGAAUAUGCGAUUCGGCUUUGCUAUAAGCUCUGUCAUUAUGUCCAAGCAUGUCGAUGGUAUAAAGCAAGGAAAGGCGAUGAGAUUUAUAUUCACUCGGAACAUGUCCAAAACUCCUUGUGGUUUGCCACUUGGUUUUGCGUUAACUUGCUACAGAAAGAGCCAAUAUUAUAGGAGCCCUGGAAAACAUAGUACAAGCCCCGGCGAGAUCACAAUAUGUCCUGACGCCAAACAGAGCAUGUACUGUCAACUUCUAUGUGGUCUUGUCCAGAGAGACGAGGUUGUAAGUGUUGGUGCUUUGUAUGCCUCUGUCUUGGUUCAAGCAAUCCAUUUUCUUGAAAAGUACUGGAAAGAGCUGUGCAGUAAUAUCAGGUCCGGUCAUGUCAGCGAAUGGAUCACUGACCUUGGUUGUAGAGACUCUGUCUCUAUCGUCCUUGGAGAGCCAAAUGCUGACUUGGCAGAUUUGAUCGAAAACGAGUGCAGCGGAACAAAACCUUGGCAAGGUAUAAUUACAAGACUUUGGCCCAAGACCAAAUGCAUUGAAGCUGUUAUUACAGGAACCAUGGCUCAAUACAUCCCAGCAUUGGACUUCUACUCUAAUAAACUGCCUCUUGUUUCCAUGUUUUAUGGAGCCUCUGAAACACUUUUAGGGAUAAAUGUGAAUCCUCUAAGCAAACCAGAAGACGUGUCCUACACGUUUCUGCCUAACUUGUCAUAUUUUGAGUUCAUAGAUGUUGAUGGAACCACAAGCGAGAUUGUUGAUCUUGUGGAUGUGAAGUUAGGUGGCUACUAUGAGCCCUUGGUCACAAACUAUUCUGGUAAAGACCCUCCGAGUUUAAAUAUGAGUCUAGGCUGCGAUCUUUCUGUUCUGGAAGAGCUAACUUCAAAUGCAAAACAAAUACAAGAAGAUGUAUUGACCAAGAUACUCAAAGCUAACGCAAACACUGAAUACCUCAGCCGUUUUCUCAAGGGAAGCUUCGACAAAGAGCUAUUCAAGAAGAACGUACCAGUGGUGAGCUAUGAAGAUGUUAAGCCUUAUAUUGAUCGUGUCGCAAAUGGAGAACCCUCGGAUAUCAUUUCGGGCGAACCAAUUACUGCGUUUCUUCGAAGCUCUGGAACUUCAAGUGGGAAUCAAAAGAUAUAUCCAAUAAACAACAUCUUAUUUGAGAAUAUGCUAUUCGGCUUUACACUAAGCUCUCUCGUUAUGUCCAAGCAUGUUGAUGGUUAUAAGCAAGGAAAGGCAAUAAGCUUUAUAUUCACUCAGUCCAUGUCCAAAACUCCUUGUGGUUUGCCACUUGCUCCCGCGUUAACAAGCUACAGUAAGAGCCAAUAUUAUAGGAGACCGGGAAAACGUAGUACAAGCCCCGACGAGGUCAUACUAUGUUCUGAUACUAAACAAAGUAUGUACUGUCAACUUCUUUGUGGUCUUGUCCAGAGAGACGAGGUUGUAAGUGUUGGUGCUUUGUACGCCCCUGUCUUGGUUCAGGUUAUCCAUUUUCUUGAAAAAUUCUGGAAAGAGUUGGCUAGUAAUAUCAGGUCCGGUCAUGUCAGCGAAUGGAUCACCGACCUUGGUUGUAGGGACUCUGUCUCUGCCAUCCUUGGAGAACCAAAGCCUGAGCUGGCAGAUUUAAUCGAAAAAGAGUGUGGAAAAAAAUCAUGGCAAGGUAUAAUUUCAAGACUUUGGCCCAAAACCAAAUGCAUUGAAAGUGUUGUUACAGGAGCCAUGGCGCAAUACAUCCCAGCAUUGGAGUUCUACUCUAAUAAUCUGCCUCUAGUUUCCAUGUUUUAUGGAUCCUCUGAAACACUUUUGGGGAUAAAUGUGAAUCCUCUAAGCAAACCACAAGAUGUGUCCUACACAUUCCUACCCAACAUGUCAUAUUUCGAGUUCAUACAUGUUGGGGUCGAUGGAGAAGAUACAAGCGAGAUUGUUGAUCUUGUGGAUGUGAAGUUAGGUGGCUACUAUGAGCCCUUGGUCACAAACUAUUCUGGUAGUUUACACAGAUCUAGAGUGGGAGAUGUUUUACAGGUCACUGGAUUUUACAAUAACACACCACAAUUCAGAUUCGUACGUAGAAAAAAUACGGUUUUAUGCGUCGAUCUAGAGCCAACGACUGAAGAAGAUAUUUUAAAGGCCUUGGCUCGUGCAACAGUCGUUCUUGAAUCUUCAGAUUUGAUUUUGACAGGCUUCACAUGCUAUGGUGACAUCUCCACUGUACCGGGUCACUACGUCUUUUACUUGGAACUCAAAGCCAAAGUCAACAAUGGCACCAACGUUCUAGAGCUUGAUAACAAGGUUUUGGUGGAGUAUUGUUGUGUCAUGGAGGAAUCAUUGAGUGGUAUCUAUAGGAGACUUAGGGGAAAAGAGGGAUCAAUUGGAGCUCUAGAGGUAAGGAUUGUGCAACAAGGUACGUUUGAUUCUCUCAUGGAGUUUUUUGUCUCCCGAGGUUCUUCUAUGUCUCAGUACAAGACACCUAUAUGCGUAAACUCUGCUGAGGCUUUAAAAGUUCUUGAAGACAAGGUUCUUGCACGCUUCUUUAGCGACAGAUCACCUCCUAUAUGA